AAGUAAGUUUUCAACCUCGAAACAAUAUUGUCAGUGCCGGGGAGCAGGCUAGUAAAUUACUGUUGACUGGCUGCCUACUCUAGUCGAGGAACUUGAUUCAUUGUCAACGGUCAAGUCCAACGUCCUCAGUCAAGAUCGCUCCAUCAACUGUGAUGGCAAUGGCAAAGUUGGAGUUUUCGAUGAUGAUGAUGGUGAUGACAGCUGUGCUAAUUCCCGCAGUACUAGCUCAAUCAACAUCAUUUCCCCCGCUCUUCGAAGGCAUAUUCACAUGGAUCAAGGAUGGCCUCAAUCACCACUACAGCGAGCCCAAAGACAUUGGCCUUCCAAAAUCCGAAUACGACUUUAUUAUAGUGGGUGCUGGCUCGGCAGGAUGCGUUCUUGCUAACAGGUUGACAGAGGUGGAGGAUUGGUCCGUUCUCCUGAUAGAAGCUGGAAAAGAGGAGAACUUCUUGAUGGACAUUCCUGUAUUGGUCAACUUCCUCCAAUUUACUGAGGCGAAUUGGAAAUAUAGAACUGUUCCGUCAAACGAUGCUUGUCUGGGAAUGAAGGAGAGGAGGUGUAAUAUACCAAGAGGUAAAGUCAUGGGAGGCAGUAGCGUUCUGAAUUACAUGAUCUUCACAAGAGGUCAUCGCAAAGAUUAUGAUAUUUGGGAGAGAAUGGGCAAUGAGGGUUGGGGAUAUAAAGAUGUACUACCGUACUUCAUAAAAUCAGAAAGAGUUGAAUUCCCUAAUGCGGAUUUCGACUAUCGAGGAUCGUCGGGACCUCAGUCUGUAUCUCAGAUUCCUUAUCGAUCUCCUAUUGGCAGAGCUUUUGUUCAGGCUGGAGUGAAAAUGGGUUUCAAAGAGAUAGAUCCCAAUGGAGAACGUCAGCAAGGAUUUCAUUAUAUUCAGGCCAGUAUGCAUAAUGGGACGAGGAUGAGUACAUCCAGAGCCUACUUACAUCCGAUCAAAUCUCGAAAAAACUUACAUGUACUGAAAAGAAGUCAUGUAACUCGUCUUCUAAUAAGAUCUGGCUCCAAUGUUGUUUAUGGUGUUGAGUAUUUGAGAAAUGGAAAACGAUACACAGUUACAGCGAAAAAAGAAGUGAUACUUUCAGCGGGAGCGGUCAAUACUCCUCAGAUUCUGAUGCUUUCUGGAAUUGGGCCCCGUGACGAACUGAACAAACUAGGAGUGCCUCUGGUCAAAGCGUUGCCAGUGGGCUACAAUCUGAUGGAUCACGUCGCUUUGGGGGGAUUUGAGGUGAACGUGAACGCCAAAAACAUCAAGGUUCCCAACACUGAUCGUAUUUUGAACUCACCCCAAGAUAUGUAUGAUUUUGCUGAAUUCAGGACAGGACCAGUAGCAUCUCCAGGUGGCAUUGAAGCUAUUGCAUUUGUUGACUUGUCAAAUCCCACCAACCCAGAUGGACAUCCAGAUCUUGAACUGAUGUUGUCUUUUGGCUCACUGCACUCAGAGCCCACCCUGCAAGAUAAUUUCGGGAUCAACGAUCGUAUCUACAACGAAGCCUACAGGUAUCGGUCGGAGGCUUUUAGCAUCUACCCCAUGAUACUUAGACCAAAGAGUCGAGGUCGAGUUUGGUUGAAAAACAAGAAUCCUCGAUCGAAGCCAUUGAUUGAUAUGGGCUAUUUCUCGAAUCCUGUUGAUAUUGAGAUUCUCACCAAAGGAAUUAACUUCACCAAAAGCCUACUGAAACAAACACCAUUCAAGGCUUUGAAGCCAUCGCUGGCGUUUUCGAAAAGCCAAAUACCAGGCUGCAAACAGCACAGGGCUGACAGUGACGCCUACUGGGAGUGUCAUGCUAGACACCUUCCUUUCACUAUUUAUCAUCAGUCUGGCACAUGUAAGAUGGGAAAAUCAUCUGAUCAAAGCACAGUUGUGGAUGCCCGUUUAAAAGUUCAUGGAAUGAGAAAUUUGCGAGUGGUAGAUGCAUCGAUAUUUCCUGAGAUUCCAGCCUCACAUCCCAACGGAGUUGUAAUAAUGAUUGCUGAAAAAGCAUCAGAUAUGAUCAAGCAGGAUCAUGGUGUGAAUAUCAUGUAACAGACUAUUCAAAUUCUUUAGUCCAAAUAGGGUUCCAAUUUUGUGAUAUAGGAUUAAGUGUAGGUAAUAAAUUUCACAUUAUAGCCUAUUUGAGUUUUCAUUAGAGAAAUAGUUAUAUAUCUACGAUGAUUUCUUGAAUAUUCAUUUGUAAUUGCUAUUUUCUGUGAUUUUUGUGUUUAGGGUAUAUUGUAUUACAGAAUCAAGUACUGUAUGCAAAGGUAAGAUUCCUUAGCAGAGUUUCUCACUGUUUCAGAGCAGAUGUCAAAUCAUCAUGGCAUUAUUUAAAUCACGAAUUUUCGCGUUAGGUAAUUGAAAUCUGCUUUGCUGUAGGUGUUCCACACCUCUACAUAAAGUACAACUUUAUGAGUGUCUAUUUCUUUCGUUUUAGUUUAAUACCGAGUUCACACUGGGGCGAUAUUCACCAGGCAAUUUCUACUUGACUGAGAAUUUCAGCAUCUCAGAAAAUGAAAAACUACCUCGUGUGCUGCUUGCUGUCGGCCCUCAGUGAGUAUAGAAUGUAUAGAAUUUAUAUGAAUUACAUUCUAUACUCACUGUUGGCCUAGCGAUAGAUUGCUUGCGAUUUCUUCGAGGUUCAUCAUAAACUGUCAACAUUAUCUUUAAAUAACAUCCAUAUUCAUCUUUGAACAAAUGCUGACUGGAGCUCAAACUUGAGAAUGAAUUCAAAAACUCGUUCAAAAUCCAGAAAUGAUGACUCAUUGAUUCUCUCCACAUUUCUACCGAGCCGAUUUAUCGCUUGCUAUAUCUAUAAACCCCCGUGCCAUUUUUCUUGUCAAUAUUUCCUCGGCAAUUUAUUGCCUGGAAAAUAUCGCGUCGGUAUGAACCCUGCCUAUUGAGGACCCAGGUUGAGAACCCAGGUUCUCAUCACAUCUUGAACUUUUAGUAAAUAACUAAACUUUGUGAUUCACUCUGUUCAUUUUCACAAUAGAACUUUCAACUUACUUCUUACUUUUCAAAUCUGGACAAGUUUCAGGGUUUCUAAUGAGCUGUCUGAUUAGUUGACUUGGGGUCAAAACAUAGUGAAGCGGAGAAGGCUCAUCAUAAUGCAUGUAUCUGAAUUUCUCCGCUUUCUUCUAACUUCCACCUUACAUUCGGUGAUUCGGUGCUUCAAAAUAUGUUUUGACAAAUUUGCUCCUUCUUCCUUGGAGAAGGUCUGAGGAGCACACAAGUAAAGCUAACGUGGUUGAAUUUCACCUUCCGCUUUAAGCUUGAAUUUUAUCUUCCGCUGAACUCCCGCAUAUCAGUAUUAUAGUGCAAGUGUCGGGUACAUCAGUAAAAAUAUUAUUCUCAUGAAUUCUAACGGGACUAUUCUCAAACAGCCUGGCCGAACGAGUAUCAAUAGUCCUAUUAAAAAUUGUGGAAGUAAUAUUGUGGAAGUCCAAGCAGAGAAGUCAUUGCUGACUGCUCACAAACGAUCAAUUGAAAAGUUAGAUUGUAAUAUUUGUAAGAAAGCUGGGGAUUGUGGAGGGAUAUUAUUUUUUAUGCAUUAUUAUUUUAUGCAUAUUUAUUUUUUACAUAACUUUAUGUAUAAUAUGCAGUGGCCAUUGCAUUGUUAUUGACAUUUUACACUAAAGUUGUGUUGGAAAAAUGAUAAUUUUUUUGUUCGUUUCAAAAUUUCUGUUAUGCUCUUCUGAUCUGUUGCAAAAUAUGACUGAACAUUUAUUUUCCUCUCAUUCUUGUAUACGUGUGGUUUGACCGUCAACCCUCACUUUAUAUUACUAGGCGAUUGAUUAUUUCAUUUCAAUAAUUUGUAUUAGCCCUCCUUAUAAGGAAAAGUGAUUACAACAAUGUAUAACUACAAUAGUUGUAAAAUCGCUUCCUGUUGGUUCGGAAACCACCUGAAACUGUAGGUCAAUUCAUCUCUCAUUAUCAUCCUUCUCAUUACCCACGCACAGGCCUAGAGCUUAUGUGGACAUCACCCUCAGUAAAAAUAGUUGAAUAAAUAAAUAGUUGUAAUAGUUGUAUAAGUUGGUUAUAGAAGAGAAGUCUAGGCAUUAUAUUCGUAUUUAUAAGGAUGUAAGUUACUAUAAUAAUGUAUGUUAGGCCCUAUAUAACUUAAUUAAAACAAUAUAAAAACUUGUGGUAACUUUUAUUAAAAACUUUAAAAUAUUUAAACGUUUUUAAUAAAAGGGUACCACAAGUUGUUAUAUUGUUUCUAUUAAUUUGAAUUAAAGUAGCCCAUAUAAGUGAACUGAU